AUGUGGCGCAAUAAACGUGGCCGCACACGGCGUCGGCUGGCAGGUGGCAAUCCAUGGCAAAACCUCGAAAAAACGUCGGUGCUGCAGGAGACGCGAAUGUUCAACGAGACACCGGUGAACGCAAGGAAAUGUACACACAUUCUCACCAAGAUACUGUAUCUGCUCAAUCAGGGUGAGGUGCUGGGCACAAGAGAGGCUACGGAGUGUUUUUUCGCGAUGACUAAACUGUUCCAGUCGAAGGAUGUUGUGAUGCGGCGCAUGGUUUAUCUGGGCAUCAAGGAGCUCAGCCCAAUUGCGGAUGAUGUUAUCAUUGUAACGAGCUCGCUGACGAAGGACAUGACCGGCAAGGAGGAUCUGUACCGUGCUCCGGCAAUCCGAGCCCUGUGCAGUAUCACGGACAGCACGAUGUUGCAGGCCGUUGAGCGCUACAUGAAGCAGUGCAUCGUCGAUCGGAAUGCACCAGUAUCGAGUGGCGCACUCGUCAGCUCGCUGCAUCUGGCCAGUACGGCCGGUGAGGUUGUAAAACGCUGGGCAAACGAAGCACAGGAAGCACUUAAUAGCGACAAUAUAAUGGUGCAGUAUCACGGUCUUGGUUUGCUGUACCACAUCCGGAAAGCGGACCGGCUCGCGGUUACAAAGCUGGUGAACAAGUUGACCCGCCAGCAUCUACGCAGUCCGUACGCUACGUGCUUUUUGAUUCGCAUUGCGUGCAAAAUCAUGGAGGAGGAGGAUGCAAGCGGGAAUGCGACAGAAGAGUCGCCACUAUUCAACUUUGUUGAGUGCUGUCUGCGCAACAAAUCAGAAAUGGUGGUUUACGAAGCUGCCCACGCGGUCGUCAAUCUGAAGCGGACAAAUCCACGAGAACUCUCGACUGCGGUGAGCAUUCUCCAGUUGUUCUGCGGUUCAUCGAAGGCCACGUUACGUUUUGCAGCAGUGCGUACGAUGAACAAGGUGGCCAUGUUGCAUCCACCCGCCGUCAAUGUGUGCAAUCUCGAUCUAGAAGGAUUGAUCGCGGACUCGAACCGAUCGGUAGCAACACUGGCUAUCACUACGCUGCUAAAGACGGGUGCGGAAAGUUCGGUUGAGCGAUUGAUGAAGCAGAUUGCAACGUUUGUGGCGGAAAUUUCGGACGAAUUCAAGCUUGUGGUUGUGCAGGCGAUUCGUUCGCUGUGCACCAAGUUCCCCCGAAAGCAUGCAGUGACAAUGAACUUCCUAAGCGGGAUGCUGCGGGAGGAAGGUGGCUUGGAGUAUAAGACAUCGAUCGUCGACACGAUCAUCCUGAUUAUUGAGGAGAAUCCCGACGCGAAGGAGGCGGGUCUCGGUCAUCUGUGCGAAUUUAUCGAGGAUUGUGAACAUACAUCACUGGCAGUACGAAUUCUGCAUCUGCUCGGCAAAGAGGGACCGUACUCGAAGUGUCCGUCACGCUACAUUCGCUUCAUCUACAACCGCGUCAUACUGGAAAAUGCGACUGUACGGGCGGCGGCCGUCGCUGCAAUUGCACAAUUCGGCGCGUGCUGUCCGGAUCUGUUACCGAACGUGUUGGUGCUGUUGAAUCGUUGCCAGAUGGAUUGUGAUGAUGAGGUGCGCGAUCGGGCCACCUAUUAUUACACCAUCCUGAACCAAUCGAACCCGGACCUGAACAAGCGGUUCAUUGCCGACCAUGAGAUCGUAUCGUUGCCACUGCUGGAAAAAUCACUAAAUGAACAUCUAAAGGGCCCACUGACGGAGCGUUUCGAUCUGUCGAUCGUACCGAAAUCGCAGGUCCUCCAGCCGGAAGUAAACGAGGAAGUAAUGAUCAUGAACAAAGCGGCACCAAAAAUUGCCCGUGUCAAUCGCGAAGAGGUUAACACAGAGAAGCUGCUUGCCAUACCGGGCAUUCAUCAUGUGGGCGCACUGCACAAAUCCUGCGCACCAGUCCAGCUAACCGAGAGCGAAACCGAGUACACGGUGUCCUGCAUCAAGCACUGCUUUGCGCACCACAUCGUGUUCCAGUUUGAUUGUGUCAACACGCUGUCGGACCAGCUACUGGAAAAUGUACGCGUCGAUUUGGAGCUUCCGGAAGGGUUCGUAUCGCGUGCCGUCAUUCCGUGUGCGAAGCUACCGUACGGUGACAAAGAAUCCACCUACGUUAUCGUGCAAUUCCCCGACGACGUUCCCAGCUCCAUUGCCACACUGGGUGCAACACUACGCUUUCUGGUAAAAGAUUGCGAUCCAGCAACCGGUCAACCGGACUCGGACGAAGGUUACAACGACGAGUACAUACUAGAGGACAUCGAAAUAACCGUUGCGGAUCAGAUGCAAAAAUCAAAGAAACAAAAUUUCCUUGCCGCGUGGGAAAGUGCCGAUACAGAAGAGUGGGUUGAAGCGGAAGACACAUUCGAGCUGUCGACAGUGAACAGUCUACAGGAUGCCGUCAACACGAUCCUCAAAUUCCUCGGCCUGGCUCCUGCGAACCUCUCCGAAAAUGUCCCUGACGGAGCCCACACGCACACGUUACUUUGUUCCGGAACGUUCCGUGGUGGAGUAGAAGUGUUUGUCCGUUCGAAGUUGGCCGUUGCUGAUGGUGUCACAAUGCAGCUGACAGUACGAUCGACGGAUAUGGACGUUGCGGAAUUAAUUACAUCCGCGGUAGGCUAA